AGUGAGUUGGACAGCCCUAGUCUUGGGUGGGAGGAGAGCAAGAUGGCAGCCUCCUGGUGGCUGAGCUGCCGCAGCAAAGGGAUGGUCAAACUACUCCUGGGUGGGAGACGAGUCGCGGGGGCUUGUGCUUCUCUCCGCCUUGGAGGAGGCUGGAGGCUUCUGCACAGGAGCCACGAGCUGCUGGGUAUUCCUGCAUUUAAAAUACUCAUGCCUGCACUGUCUCCUACAAUGGAGGAAGGAAAUAUUGUGAAAUGGUUAAAAAAGGAAGGUGAAACUGUAAAUGCAGGAGAUGCAUUAUGUGAAAUCGAAACGGACAAAGCAGUUGUAACCAUGGAGUCAAGUGAUGAUGGCAUAUUGGCUAAAAUAAUGAUGGAAGAAGGAAGUAAAAACGUGCGUCUGGGAACACUAAUUGGUUUGCUGGUAGAAGAAGGACAGGACUGGAAGCAGGUUGAAAUACCAGCAGAUAGUGGUGAUCCAUCUUGUCUGGCACCCCCGAUGACUCUGCCUGCAGUUGCACCUAGUCCCCCUCCAGUAGGCGUUUUAGCUUCAGCUUCUACCAAAGUGGAUCAUGAGCUUGGAAAACUACUGAUUCGCUUAAGUCCUGCUGCCCGCUACAUUCUUGAGACACAUGGACUUGACCCAAGCAGUAUUACUCCCUCUGGGCCUCGAGGAAUUCUCACUAAAGAGGAUGCACUCAAUCUUCUGCAGCAGAAACAGAACAGCAAAGCUGUGGAAUCGAGACCUGUGGUUUCUCCAGCCCCUACUCAGCCUACUGUAGUGCCUUUGGCUCCACAAGCAACAACUGUGUCCUCUGUUUAUCCGCGGCCUGCAGUUCCGCCAAUUUCUAUACCGGGUCAGCCAGCAGCACAGGGUACGUUCACAGAAGUCCCUGCCAGCAACAUCCGAAGAGUUAUUGCUAAGAGAUUAACAGAAUCUAAAACUACUGUGCCUCAUUCAUAUGCUACUACUGACUGUGACCUUGAUGCUAUCUUGAAACUAAGGAAAGAACUAGCAAAAGAUGAUAUUAAAGUAUCAGUAAAUGACUUUAUUAUCAAAGCAACAGCAGUUACCCUCAAACAAAUGCCAGAUGUGAAUGUGACCUGGGAUGGAGAGGGCCCCAGGCAGCUGCAAUCCAUCGACAUCUCUAUUGCUGUGGCAACAAACCGAGGUCUCAUUACACCAAUCAUAAAAGAUGCUGUUGCCAAGGGAGUGCAGGAAAUUUCUGCUUCUGCAAAGGCUCUCGCAAAGAAAGCAAGAGAUGGAAAACUGUUACCUGAAGAAUACCAAGGAGGAUCUUUUAGCAUUUCCAAUCUGGGCAUGUUUGGCAUCAGUGGCUUCAUUGCCGUCAUAAACCCUCCUCAAGCCUGCAUCCUUGCCGUGGGACGAGCUCGACCCGAACUCAAGAUUGUGGAAGAUGAAGAAGGGAACGAGAAACUUCUGCAGCAUCAGCUUAUGACAGUGACACUGUCAAGCGACAGUCGGAUGGUGGAUGAUAAACUGGCUUCAGUGUUUCUGGAGACCUUGAAAGCAAACCUAGAGAAUCCAAUACGACUUGCCUUAUGUUAAACUGAUCAAGGAUUGGCUCCUGCUUUGGCAAAAUAUGGAACAAGGUUACAAACUGUUCCCCUCUCCUCCCCCACUGCCCCAGAGAAAUAACGAAUACUAAGCAUGAGGGGGACAAUUAAAAUAUUUAAUUUAUUUGAAUUAACUUGAAAGACUGUUCAGAUCCAUCUUUGUGACCAUUUGUAGCUGUCAAGUUUUAUACUGUAAAAGUACUGAAAUACUUCAAAGAAAUAUUAAAAUAGAAUUAAUGCAUUAUAGUUCUUUCACUGCUUAAUGGCAACUGCACCAAAUUUAAACAUAUAUGUUACUGUUUAGUUAGAGAGAGAAGUUUAGAAAAACCUUGGGAAAUUUGAGUGAGAAACGUGGAAUGAAAAACGGAAUGAGACAAUGCUUUCAAAUGAGGAAAGCAAGCAGCAUAACUGAGCAAGAUGGCCCUAUAAAUCUCAGUCAUCAAGAGAAUCAAGCCAGCUAUGGGUUCAAGCAAUAUAUUUUAGCUAUUUAAUAUGUGAAGAGGGUUCCAGCUAAAAUUUUCUGUUACAGUUGGGUGAUGUGAACUGUGAGAGCUCUGAGAUUUUUGACAAGGAUUUUGCUGGGGGUUCUACUUGACACUAGAUAAGUUACUUUGGUUGGUGACACAUGACCCUAUAUAAGUUGCUUUAGUUUGGUUCAUGUCACAAACUCAGCCAUUCUUGACCUUCUACUUUAUUAUGAUCUUUUCCAGAUGAAAAUAAGCGUGUGGAAAAAUUCUAGUGCACAAAAACCAAAUUACAUAAUGGAUGUAAAUGGAAAAAUUCAAAUAAAAUAAAAUAUUAAAUAGCCUAUUAGUAUCUAAAGCUGGAUUUGAAAAUGCACUUAGCAUUAGAUUAAUUAAAAACACAUUUAAAGUGUGUGUGGAUAUGCACUUCAGCAUUUUAAGUUCUCUACUUAAUGUAGUGUCCCACAAAGGAGACAAAUAAAUUUAAUAAAUGUG